AUGGACUACUUCAAAUCGCUCAGCUCGGCCGCCUCGUCGGUGCUCUCGUCCGCAGCAAGAUCGGGUCCUCUUCCCAACUUCACCAUCGGCCAAGAGAUCGGCGAGUACCGCCAGCAGACACUCUGGUCACUCUAUUCAGCGGUCAAGCGUGACGACAAUGCUGCCUGCACAGUGCUCGCCUUUGACCUUUCCCAUCCUCACAAUGCAAGCCGCGCCAAUCUUCUCCCGCUCGCAAAGAACGCCGCCAGGAAGCUCCGCAUCACUCGCCAUCCCGACGUGCUCAAGCUGCUCGACAGCGCAGAAACCAACACCUCCGUCUACAUUGCUGUCGAAAAGGCGACGCCGCUGUACAAGGUGCUUGCGCAAUCCGAAGACAAGCGUGCCACUCCUCAGCGUCAAGACUGGAUCGUCUGGGGCCUUUCCUCGAUCGUCAACGCCGUCAAAUUCCUCAACGUCGAUGCCGCUUCCACCCAUGGCAACCUUCGGCCCGAGUCCAUCUUCAUCAGCGCAUCAGGCGAGUGGAAGCUGGGUGGGUUCGACGUCUUGACACCCAAUGCCGAAGCCCCGCACGGCCUCCUCUUCACCCAAGGCUCCUUGAUACCCGACGGCAACCGAUAUGCGCCCCCCGAACUCAAGCAGAAUGGCUGGAACGUCUUGGCAAACAUGGACUCGACCUUGUUCGACAGCUACGCGCUCGCCCUCGUGGCCAUCGAGGCGUUCAACGGACCCUUACCACCCCAGAACGGCACGGCUGCCCCUCCAAGAGGUCACGUACCGCAGCAGCUCUAUGCUGCGUUGCAGCGCAUGCUCGUCCCCAACGCAAAAACGCGCAACACGGUAGUCCGAAUCUGGGAAGCAGGCGAGGCCGAAGGUGGUUUCUUCAAGGAAAACACGCUCGUCAAGGUGGCAAGAGGUCUCGACGGCUUCCUGCUGGCGACCGAAAACGAAAAGGCCUCGAUCAUCAAGCUCUUGCAAGAAAAGCCCGACUCGUUCACUCCGGAUUUCCUCAUGUACAAGGUCCUCCCAGCGCUGGUCGCAGCUCUCGCUGCCGUGCCUCCGCCUGGUACUAUUCCAUCCGCCAGCACGCAAGCUUCCGUUUUGCUGCCCUUGGUGCUUCGUCUCGGUCAGCCUUUGCCAAAGGAAGAAUGGAACGUCAGCGUGGUGCCUCCGGUGCUUAAAGCGUUUACAUCUCCCGACCGAUCCACACGUAUGGCUUUGCUCGAGAACCUGUCCCUCUACGCUGAACGCAUGGACAACCGGAUCGUCACAGACAAGCUUUGGCCGAACCUCAUCACGGGCUUCAACGAUUCGGUGCCCGUCAUCAGAGAAGCUACUCUCAAAGCCAUCCUCCCACUUGCACCAAAGCUCUCGGACCGUAUCCUCAACAACGACUUGCUGCGUGUCCUCGCACGUACUCAGGUGGAUCCGGAAGCAGGCAUCCGUACCAACACCACCAUCUUGCUCGGUCGGCUCGUACCGCACCUAUCCAUAUCAACGCGCAAAAAGGUUCUUAUUCCCGCAUUUUCGCGCAGUCUCAAGGACCAAUUUGUGCACGCCCGUGUUGCAGGUCUCAUGGCUUUGAUGGCGACAGGCGACUCGUUCGAUCACGAGGAUUGCGCAAGACACGUGCUCCCCGCCGUCACUCCCUGCAUGGUGGACAAGGAGAAGCUCGUUCGUGACCAGGCAGACAAGGCGGUCAAGAUGUUCCUCGAGAAGGUCGAGUCUGGAAGGACGGGCAUGCCCGAUACAGCGCUCACUCCCGAGCAGCUCAAUGGAUCGACGUCGUUCAGCGCACAAGGUGAUGCAGCAGCGAACGGUGCGGGGUAUGCCACCGCCAUGGCUGCAACGGCGGGCAGCGCAGCGACAGCGUUGGCGGGAUGGGCUAUGACUUCGGCGCUCUCAUCGCUCUCCAACUCCUCAUCCGCACCGACCGUACCAAAUGGAAAGCCGCUUUCUUCUGCUGCAGAAUUGCAGUCUCAGAUGGAUGGACGCAGUAGCACACCAAUUGGAUCCGCAGGCGUCUCGGCAACACCAUCGCCGUCUACCCAACCAUCUCCCUCCUCCGGCUUUGCGAGUCUUCGACUCGGUUCCGGCUCGGCCGCGACCGAUGCGGACUCCAACAGCUGGGCACAAGAUUCGUACACUUCGGCCAAGUCACCACUCGACUAUGAUCUUGACGAUGACGCAACUGCGCCAUCCGCUUCCGCUGCUUCCGCUGCUUCCGCGUUCCAAAUGCAGUCGGCAGCUUCAGAUGCCGACCUAAUGGAUGUCAAUGACGACACUGCCGAUUGGUCAAGUUUCGAAGUAGGUCAACCAAAGAAGAAGCCCACCGUCGGACGCACCAAGAUGGCGAAAGCGAAAUUGGGACCUCGACGAACUGCCAGCAACAAUGCUGCUACCGCAGCUGCGAGGGCGGCGGUGCAAGCGGAUCCCAAACAAGCCAUCAGUCGAAGCAGUCUGAAAGUUGCUGCCCCAGUGGAAGCGGAAGAAGCGUGGGGAGAGGACGCUUGGGACAACGCCGCAAAAGCUACGGAGGCGGUAGAAGGUGGGUCGGCGUCUCAGUCGACGACGUCGUUGGUGGAUUCGCAGGAGCUCACAGCGCAAGCGUUUGAAGCGCCUGUACCCAAGGAUAUUGCUGCGGCCCCGCAGGCAGACGACGCGUGGGCAGCAUUCGACGAUAAUGCAGAGGAGGAGGAAGAUGCGUCCCCAGCAGCGGUAGUGGUAGCAGCGGUGGCAGCGCCCAUGUCCAAGGAAGAGAAGAAGGCGGAACUCGAGAGGAAGAGGAACGAGAGGAAGUUGAGAUUGGAACAGCUGAAGAAGGAGAAGGAGGAAGCGAGACUGCGGGCGCUUUGA